AUGGCAACAAAAAUCAUCUACUUCACAGUGAAUGGCAGACCAGAGCAGGCUGAGUUCCCAGUGGAUUGCCCUGCCCAGGAUGUUAAAGACCUGUUCCGCUCUGCGGCUGAGGCUGGACCCCAUGACAUCCUAAAGUUGUACAAUCCUAAAGGCAAUAUCAUCAACAUCUCCCCUCGCCUGGAGCCUAACAGUCCAAACUCCUGCUACAAACUCGAGGUGGUGGCCACCGACUGCACCAGUGUGGAGCUUGCUGUGGAACUAGGAUUUGACCUCUCAUCAAUGGAGAAGAGACUGCAGGGCCUGGAGAAGAAGAUCAAGAUUGAGGCCGGGGAGACUCCUGCCGUUGUGUAUGAGAUGAAGAAGCAGGUGGAUUCAUUCAGGGAGAAACUAGAGAGUGUGGAGUAUCUGAGCUGGCUCGGGCUGUUCAAGGAGCUGUCAGAAGGCACACACAAGCCCUCUCCAUUCUACCACAAGAGAACACUGCGUAAAACAAAGGAAGAGUACGAGCAUGUACGAGAGAAGUUCCUCCAAAUGAGUUCACUGGAGGUGUCAGAAGAAGUGCGACAGUACCUAAAGACGCCAACCUUUGACAACUGGCAGUGGGAGGAUGCAGAGAUCAUGGUCCUCCUGCAGGUAAUGUAUACAGACCUGGAUUUCAUAGCAGCCUUUAACAUUGAGCCAGAGGUGCUUCAGCAGUUCCUGUUCGAGGUCUACCGGCGAUACAACAACAUCCCCUUCCAUAACUUCAAACACUGCUUCUGUGUGACUCAGAUGAUGUAUGGUUUGAUCUGGCUGACGGACCUGAGGACUAAGAUAGACAGCAUUGACCUGCUGAUUAUGUUGACCUCUGCAGUCUGCCAUGACCUUGACCACACAGGGUACAACAAUGCCUAUCAGAUAAAUGCCCGGACUGAACUGGCUCUACGCUACAACGACAUCUCUCCACUGGAGAACCACCACUGUGCUGUAGCUUUUGAGAUACUGGAGGAGACAGAGAGUAACAUUUUCAGAAAUCUGACCAUGGAACAGUACAAACGGAUAAGGGAGGGAAUUAUAAAGUGUAUCCUGGCUACAGACAUGACACGGCACAAUGAGAUUCUUAACAAGUUCAAGUCCAUCCUCUCUGUUUUUGACUUCAACAACAAGGACCACAGAGAUGUGCUGAUGAUGAUCCUGAUAAAAGUGAGCGACAUAUCCAAUGAGGCACGGCCCAUGGAGGUGGCUGAGCCCUGGUUGGAUUGCCUUCUUCAGGAGUUCUACAACCAGAGUGACAUGGAGAAGCUAGAGGGUCUUCCGGUCACACCCUUCAUGGACCCGGAUAAGGUAACCAAGCCUUCAUCUCAGACCGGCUUCAUACGCUUCGUCCUUUUCCCACUCUUCAUCGAGCUGGCCAACCUCUUCCCCUGCUUAGAGCAACACAUCAUUGAUCCAGUGCGGAAGGCUCUCGACUACUACACAGAAAUGGAGAAAGCACUGGAGAGGGAGAAACAGAACCGGGCCCAGAGUGAGAAGGUAGCAAAGAGCAAGGAGGCGCCAAUCGGUGUACAAGCAAGAAUGACCAGUCAAACAGAGGCCGGGCCUGAGGGCUCUCUGUGA